AUGUCCUGCCCACCGCAACUAUCGCGGUCUGAAGUAUCCGAUUCCAGUGACUACGGAUCCGACUUUACGCCAGAUGAAGAGCAGUUACUGAACGACCUAGUCACGAAAGCUGCCGCAGAACACGCGCCCGUCCAACGCGACGCCACUCCAGUCUCAACACCAACCCCAAAUCAGAACCUUGAGGACGCGAUUACGGCACCAGUUGCAGCGAAGCUUGCAGAUCUUGACUCCCUUCAACCAGCCUCUCUAGCGGAGAUUGUUGCCGACAUUGAAGAUGCUGUCACGAAUUCCCCGGGCGUCCGCCUGCCGAAGGUACUGGGUCGGGAGAAGCCUGGUUCACCGUGGAGACGUUCGAGCCAGCGGCCUUGGUUUGGGCCAACGAACCCACGGAGCCCUAUGGCUGGGAGGUCAAGCCAGGUGUCAAUCAACAGGAGUUCCCAGAUUGUGGAGCAUCCUGGAUCAAGUGAAGGGAGAGAGCGAGAACGAGAGCGCAGUGCUGCGCGUGAGCUUGAAUGGACACGCGAGACUCAACUAGCCCCGACGUUGGAUACGCGGACACCCGUGGAGCGCUUUCGACGACCGCCGAAUAAGGCGUUUUCGGUGACGGAUUUGGUUUCUCCGGCUUGGUGUGAGCUGCAGUAUUGGUAUACUCUGACCAAGCAUGGGCGGAAGAGAAGGACGCCUGCAAUGAAGAAGGGGAGCGUCGUGCAUAAGACUCUCGAAGAUGAGAUAUACACCACGGUCCCGGUGGAAAUCAAGACUAAGGAGGAUGCGUGGGCGCUGCGAAUAUGGAAUGUGAUACAGGGCCUGCGGAUGUUGAGGGAAUACGGCAUCACGCGUGAGCUCGAGAUCUGGGGCGUUGUUGAUGGGGAGUUGGUCAAUGGGGUUAUUGACCAGCUUUCCUAUGAAUGUCCCGAUUCUGUGCUCGAGGCUACAGCUGCUGGCUUCUAUGAAGAUGCGGAAAAGUCGCGCGCUGCUCUCCCUGAGUACCAAAUGUCAUUGUCCGAUUUCCUGCUGUCUUCCUCUCAGGGUGGGAAGCGGAUUUCGGAUCUCGCUGAUUUGGAAGCUCCCGGGGAGGUGCCUCCUGUUGAAGAAAACCCGGCGGUCUAUGGAUUACCGCGAAUAUACAUGACAGAUGUCAAGACGAAAGCGAGUGGCUCUGUCCCGACAGUCAAGAGCACGUCUUUCCGACCGACAUUACUCCAACUGCAACUUUAUUAUCACAUGCUGAACCGUCUUAUCACGAGUGACGAUGUCACAAUGGAUGUGCUCGCAGCGCGCUAUAAUCUCGACCCCGAGAAACCAUUCACGGAUGCAUUUAUCUCAGAGGUAGGCGGCCUGCAUGAUGAGUUCUUUGAUGCAGUGUCAUCUCCGCCAUUCGACGUGGACGAUGUUCCCACACCCGAAGGGGCCGUGCAAGCCACUCAUGGCUUUGGCCCUGCUUCCAGUCCUCCAUAUGCCAGCCAGGACUCGACUGGUAUCCUUCUGACCCAUGGCACACUUCACCGUCUAUGGAGUUACAUGAAAGAGCAACUCCGUCACACCUUCAUUCCCUCGUUCUCUCCGCAUGAAGAGACGGUUGCACCAUCUAUCCCAUCAUUGACACAGCCAGCGAUGCUGGAAGAAUAUCCUACCCUCCUCUCUCCAGUCCUCACAGCCCGCUUCCUCUCGUCAGCUCCUACGACUGAUCUUCAUCCGCGGCUGCUUGGAAGCAGGUCCUUCCUUUUCGACCCGGCCACUAUGUCAUCAUAUCUCACUGACCAGAUGGAGUGGUGGCGCGGUCAACGCAAUCCCCAAGGAGUCGGGAUUGUGGAGGCUUGGAAAUGUCGGAUCUGCGACUUUCGCGAUGAAUGUUCGUGGCGACAGGAACGCGAGUUGGAUUAUGCUACUCGAAAUCGGAGACGAAGAACUAGUUCCUUGGCAGAUAUCUGA